CUUUAAUGGAGGGAAGUUUUGUCUAAAACUCACUUCCGACUUUAAAAGCCUUCUCUUCUUCUACUUCUGGCGCCAUUCAGAUUCACCUUUCCCUUUCAAACUCCCAACCUCUUCUGCUUCUUCGAUCUCUUCCUCCUUCUUUCAUGGAAGAAAAGGAAAGCACUUUUUCUGGCUCACUGGGCAACUCCGACACCGACUCACCCCCACCCAACUCCUUCAACCACACCCUUGACGUCUCGUCUCAGGUGGUCAACACGGCGGUCAACGUCAGCUCAGAAACCACACUGCUCGGUCCCCCACCACCCCCACCCCCACCUCCACCCCCAGCACCAGCACCAGCACCAGCACCAACAGUUACGACAGUUACAACAGCACAAGAACUAGUUGCACCAAACACAGGAGUUGUUGGAGUUCAAGGAAAUGUUGAGAAGAAGAAGAGAGGGAGACCCAGAAAGUACGAUGCUGAUGGGAACUUGAGGCCAGGCCAGACCCAUAACUCGGCUCACGUGACUCGCGUGCCGCCUUCGGCGCCGCCGGGGUUUUAUCUGUCGCCGGGUUCUCCCAAUCCUACUGAGUUUUCUAUAAAGAACGGAAGAGGAAGGCCGGCUGGAUCCGGAAACUGGCAGGUUCUUGCUUCUUUAGAAACAGCAGGUGGGGACUUCACACCUCAUGUGGUUACUGUUGGGACUGGAGAGGAUGUUGCAGGGAGAAUUCUUUCAUUUUCUGAAAAGGGUCCCAGAGGGAUUUGCAUUCUCUCUGCUAAUGGAGCUGUUUCAAAUGUCACCAUCCGCCAACCCGGUUCUACUGGCGGUAUUCUCACUUAUGAGGGCCGCUUUGAGUUGCUGUCAUUAUCGGGGUCGUUUACAGUCAUGGAGAUUGGUGGUGUACGAAGCAGGACUGGCGGCUUGAGUGUCUCAUUGGCUGGACCGGAUGGUCGUGUAAUCGGUGGUAGCAUAGCUGGUAUGCUAACAGCUGCGAGCCCUAUCCAAAUUGUGGUUGGAAGCUUUAUGCCGAAUGGUGGUAAGCCACAGAAGAGGCAUUAUCGUGAGAACGCAGUUGCUUCUCCAAUCUCAAGUGCACCAGAUACAGUUGCCGCAGCAACACCAAUAUCGCAAGCACAACCUGAAAUUGAGACCAGGUUUACCCCUGUAGUCCCUUUACCAGCACAAAGCCAUGGAGAAGCAGAUAAAGGAAUAAUCCAAAACCAGAACUUCAAUUACAUACCCAACAGUGCUGCCAUUCUCAUGCCUACUAAUGCUGGUUGGAAUGGAAUGGAGCUGAAGUCAGAGCAUAGGCCAUCUCCAGACAUUAAUCUAUCUGUUCAGGGUAAUUAGAGAGAUCACGGAAUUAUGGCACUCUGACAAUGUUUCCAGUCAGUCUUCUGCUCUUGUAUCUUUACUAAAAUAUGUUUGCAGCUUGAUGAUGUUUCACUACCCAGGAAGACAAAUUUAGAACAUCACACUAAUCUUUUUUUUUUACCAAAAUGUUGCACCGUGGAGAUUUAUUGACAGUUAAAUGUUAGGACAUUUUAGCAUUAGUUUGGGAAAAUUGUGACAAUUUUAAGGUAGAAAGUUUUAAGUCCAUUUCG